AUGUUUGCAGAUUGGCUGUUGUCCCCUAAUAAUCUGAACUCUUUAUGUUUACUAGGACCACCACAGAGAACGGUGUCUCCCAAACAAGAGCAUGAAGAUCGCAAACACGAAAAGGUGACGGACAAAGGAAGCGAGAGCGGAACGUCCUGCAAUGAAUUGUCCACUUCCAGUUGCGAGAGCCAUUCCGAAGCGAGCACGCCUCAAGAGAAUGCGACUAGCGCUCAGCAGCCCACGAGCCACGAGUCCAAUACCCUGACAUUGGAUCGCCCAUCGAAGAAGGCUCCGGUCCAGAAAAUGCCCCCGCCAGACAAACGUCGAAACAGCGAACUUUUCCAGACUCUGAUGAGUAAGUCCAGAGAAACAAACCUUUCCAAGAAAAAGGUCUCGGAGAAGCUCAGCGUUGAAGAAGAGAUGAAAAAAUGUAUUCAGGAGUUUAAAAAUAUUCACAUCCCCGACGAUUUCCCAGAAAGGAAACGUCCGUGGCAAUCUGAACUGUUGCAAAAAUAUGGGCUAUAG